AUGAGCGAGGCUGGCCAGGCUUACGGCACAGCCCCAGGUGCACCGUCCUGCGAGGACAGCGAAGCAGCAUCACUCACGGGGCGGCCGGGGGCAGCCGGGAUCCCGCUGCUUCCCCCGGGGAACCCAUCCUCCCCGCCAGCCCCCGAGCUGAGGGACACACGAAGCUGCACAUUCAACUCCUCGAAGGCGGGUGAUUUCACGGAAAGCGAAGGGGAAGACAGGGCCCCGAAGUUAUUACACAAAAUAAUGAGUUCUCCAGCCGAUCCCUUCGGGCUGAGACCGUGCCAGUGCGGGGAUGCACUCAUCCCGCCCCGCCGCCCUCCAGAAAUCCCCAGAUUAGCAGGAAAACUUGAUUUUGAAUCAACAGCUUGUAAAAUAUUGUGGGGGCCCUCCAUUCUGCUGCCUCAUAUCAUGCACGUCGUUAUUCCAGAGGGCAACGGGUCAUCGGUUUACUCCCCCCCCCUGCCCGCCCCGCCGCCGCCGACGCUGCCGUCGCCCAACUCCUCCUUCACCAGCCUGGUGUCCCCGUACCGGACCCCCAUCUACGAGCCGACCCCCGUCCACCCGGCCUUCUCCCACCAUCUCGCCGCCACCUAUGGCACCGGCGCCUACGCCGGGCCCCUCUACUCCUUCCCCCGCGCCGUCGGCGACUACGCGCACGCCCUGAUCCGGCAGGACCCCCUGGGGAAGCCGCUGCUGUGGAGCCCCUUCAUCCAGCGGCCGCUGCACAAGAGGAAAGGGGGGCAGGUCCGCUUCUCCAACGACCAGACCAUCGAGUUGGAGAAGAAGUUCGAGACGCAGAAAUACCUCUCCCCGCCGGAGAGAAAGCGCCUGGCCAAGAUGCUGCAGCUCAGCGAGAGGCAGGUCAAAACCUGGUUUCAGAAUCGCAGAGCCAAAUGGAGGCGUCUAAAGCAGGAGAACCCCCAGGCCACCAAAAAAGAAGAAGUAGAAGGUGCUGACAGUCACAGUGACCAAAGGCCAGAGAGCUGCCAGAGCCCGGAGCAGAAGGGUAAGGAGGUCUCUCUGGAUGGAUCACAGUACACGCCUUCACCAGCCUCCCAGGAGGACCUGGAGUCAGAUGUCUCUGAUGACUCUGAUCAAGAAGUGGACAUUGAAGGUGAUAAAGGCUAUUACACUGCUGCCCACUAACAGUCCCGUGCAGAGAGCGGACCCUAACUCAGCUUGCACUUUACCGGGGGCUGGUUUAAAAGAAUAUUGUGCUACAGGAGAAAACUUCCACCGUUACACUGAAGGAAAAAAGCAUCGCCAAAUAGACUAAUUUUAUAAUAAGCAGAGAAAGAAAAGAUGUGUUUUCUGCAAGCAGUUCAGUUUUGGCAUCUUGAAUUUGGUUAAAGGACCAUGGUUUGUAUUUAAUUAUUUGUAAGAUAUGUUUGUACAAUAAUCAGUGUUCUAACUGGAAUAUAAUCCUGCACCCUGUCCUUACUUACUCAUGGUGGUGGAGGGGGUCUGAAUCAGCUGCUGUCGGUGAUCAGGCAAAACUCUAACUAGUGUGGAAGUGAGUAUGGAUUGCAGGACUAAGCCCUUUAUAUGUGUAAACAAACGUACUUUAAAUAGAUUAAUUUAAAUGCCCUUUGUAAGCAGAGAAACAUGUUCUGUGAAAUAGGGAGGGAUUUGACCAUCCCCAGAAGUGCCUUAUGCUCACACCCUUUUUUUCAUGUGCCAUGGUGCUCUCUACUGAGACAUCCCUCCGUUUGUCAGGUAGAGUUGUCAGACAGAUUCCUUUUUCUUCUUGUAUGAGAUUAAAUGUGCCUUCUCAGAUUUUUGAGAAUUUUGCCUCACAGUUUGGGUGGUUCCAUUUGCAGGAAAAAAAAAAUCUCCUUUAAAAUCUCUAGCACUGUUUUUUAUGUAUUUCAUAUUUGAGGAGAAAAUGCAGGGAGUGAUAGGGCCCUGCUACAGGACAGAAACUGGCAUCAGCUGCAGGUCAUAAGUGAGGCACCCAGCCGUGGGAAGAUAAUGCCUAUCGUACACAUAUCUGCUUCUGUACAUACUAGUUUUCUUUAAAAGCCUUGUGGUUUUUAUACCUCACAUUGUUCAUAUUUUGUACAUAUUUGUUCAGUGUUAAAAAAAAGGCAGAACCUGGUAUUUAAUUUUUGAUGGACAUAUCUGUGAAAUAAACUUAAACUCUGCAACACUC